AUUCGUUGUUGGGAAGGAAAGUCUAAACAACAAAGAUGGGUAAGGGAAAUAAUAUGAUUCCAAAUGCUCACUUUCACAAGUGGUGGCAGCGACAUGUGAAAACCUGGUUCAACCAGCCUGCACGUAAAAUUCGCAGACGCCAAAAUCGCAUUAAGAAAGCCAAGGCUGUGUUCCCACGCCCAGCUGCUGGUCCCCUCCGCCCAGUUGUCCGUUGCCCCACCAUCCGUUACCACACUAAACUGCGCGCUGGUCGUGGUUUUACUUUGGAAGAAUUGAAGGGAGCUGGUAUUCCAGCUGGAUUCGCAAAAACAGUUGGCAUUGCUGUUGAUCGUAGACGCAAGAAUAAGUCUAUUGAAUCCCGCCAACGUAAUAUCCAACGUUUGAAGGAGUAUAAGAGCAAGUUGAUUCUAUUCCCUAUCAACGAAAAGAAGAUCCGCAAGGGUGAAUCUUCUCUUGAAGAAUGUAAGUUGGCCACCCAACUUAAGGGUGAAGUUAUGCCCAUUAAGAAGGAACAACCCGUUGUUGAAUUCCGCGAAGUGUCCAAGGAUGAAAAGAAAUUCAAAGCUUUCGCUACUUUGCGCAAGGCUCGUUCUGAUGCUCGUCUUGUUGGCAUCCGCGCCAAGCAAGCUCGUGAAAAUGCUGAAAACGAGGAUCCCAGCAAAAAGAAGUAAUCAUUAUAUAGUUUUAUAUGAAACUAUACUUUUAUAAUAAAUUAAAAGUCUUCUAAAAUUUGUAAA